CGUGUAUACACCUCCUCUUAGACUUCUUCAAACGGAGGGUUUCACCAAAGGAAAGUAUUGAAUUGCUUCUUCUCCAAAAGUAAGCAGUUUUUACGCAUCCCUUCCUCACUGGUCUUCUCCAAAGAAACUCUUAAAUAUUUGGCCGAUCUUUGCUUUCCCGCAGAAGGAAACUAUCGCACAAGGGAAACGCAGUCUCUUCUCCAGGAAGGAAACUCUCGAAAAUUAAGCCGUCCACUUCUCCACCAAGAUUCUGCUUAUCAAUUUCCAUGGCUGAAAUUCGAACCAUCGUAUGAAUCCCAAGAAGAUAGACUGUUGAUGCAAUUUGCUAAUUAUUUCAAGUUUCAAAACCUUUUGCUUCCCAAUUUUCAUGGAUGAAACUUUUCAAAGAAUCUUUAGUAGCAGAGAUAGCAGAUGUCAGCAUAUAUCUACCUAUGACCUCUACAAUCCUGACAAAAUAGGUUGUUUUUCUCAAGCGUCCCCUAAAUAUUGCUAGAGGCUAGCCUGGAGUUUUAUAUUUGCAAAGGUAGUCCGCUGUAUCACUAUGACUGACACCCCUUUAGAAUUCUCUGAUCUCUUCCCCCAACAUAUGCAGCCUCAAUCUCAGGUCAGAUUCUUCUCCUCUUUUUGUUCUUAAGGUCAAGUUAGCAAUAAUUGUAUCAGUUUUAUACGAAUUCUCACUUCUUAAAUCUUAUUAUAUAUGUUCUUUGUUAUUUGAGUUCUCAAAGGCUCAUUAUUCGAAUACUAAUAGGGCUAACCAUGGUUUCAUGUCUAAAUAGGGUUUUAAGGUAUAUCUGUUAUAUAUAUAAAAGGAGUGUUUUAAUCAUUUUUUUGCUUAGGUAUAUUUCACAAAUUUCUAUCUCUAUUUAAUAAAGUAUGAAACUACUCUCAAUUUUUUUCUGUGUUUUUUUAGUAUUUUAGAUUCCUAAAUUUUCAAUUCAGAAACAAGGAAGAGGACAAAUUGCAAAACAAAUAAAGUAUAUUUUAUAGCAUGAUAUAUGCUUUAUAGCAUGAAGUUAGAUCCCACUUGAUCUAUUUUAAAACAUUAAUCAUCAACUAUAACCCAAAAAGAACUGUGUAUGUUUCUCUUAUCUUAACUUGCUAUGUUUCUUCUACCAUGGAAUUUAGUAGCUUUUUGUGAUUCAUAUAAAUGAAUUAAAAAAAGUUUAGGGUAAAUGAGGUUAUAUUUCAAGUAGGCUUGCCCUGAUCUUUGUUCUUAUGUAUUCUUAGUUGGUCAUUUUGUUUCGGGGGGUAAGUGGGGAGUGGUAGUUUUUCUUUCUAAAAAUAUACCAAAGUAACACAAACUUGACACUUCAUUUAUUAUGACCUUGAUGAACAUAUCAAGAAUUAAUUUAUCAAAAGAUUGUUCACCUGACAAUUGCCAUCCCCCGAAUCCUUAGACUCUAUUAGCAGCCUCUAGGAAAAGUAGGAGCUUAAUGUCUUAUAUAUACUACUCAAUAACAGUAACGUCCUAAUAAUACCAAGUUACCAACUUUGUUAUAGUCUUGUGGGUUAAGCUGCAUUUAGUCUUACCCCUGUUAGAACAGAAUGGUUAUUUUUCAUUACAUCUUAGACGCACUCUUGCAUUUACUACCUAAAACGUAACUGUAACUAACAAACAAGGGAAAUUUAAUAUGGUGUUGCUCUCAUAUUUGACUAUUUGAGGUUAGUUACACCUUAUCCUAUUAUCUAAUACAAUAACUUACCGAUGUCAUUAAGUAAUAAUAAGAACUUGGGUGCGUGUAUGUACAAACAACAAAGUGUUCGAUGCCUCUAACUCCAGUUUUACUCAAAUUCUGACCUCAUUGCCUGCUUGAAUAUGUAAGUCAUUUCUUUCGUAUUAGUUAGGAGUAAUAUUCAUUUGUUCGCCACCCACUUGCUAAGUAUUGUGAUCUGAUUUCUGUUGCCUUUAAAAAAGAAUUUUUGUACCUUUUAUGAGUUUUGGGGGUUUUAGCAUAAAGAUAGGUAGGACGAGAAAACACUAAGUGACAAAAUGCGGCUCAAAUUUUCAUGCAUGCACAGGCUUCUUAUGAAAAGAAUGAAAUCAAAGAAAUUAUAUCAUUAAUAUAUGAAACACUUUUUACUCAUUAAUAUAAUGAUGAUGGUUUUGCUUUUAAAAUUUAGCUUUCAAUUUGGCCUUGGCUUUCCCUGUUAUUGCCAACUAAAGCCUUGAAGCUGAAGUUAUAAUAUCUUACACAAGUAUUUCAGUGAUGAUCAAAAUGGCACAUUAAUAUAAGCCUUUAGGUUGAUGUCUUGAAAUUGCUUGAACCCGUUGAAGAAGCUAGCUGUCAUGUACUAUUUUGGAAGCUUCAGGACCUUCUCCAUUUGCUCACACACACUGUCACGGAAGAAAUUAUUAUUGCUCAUCAGUCAUCAAAUGCAUUGCUUCCAUCAAAACUAGCAGUUGCUUUUUCCAUUUUUCUCUUCUCUUCCAAAACUAGCUCAAGGAUAUGAUGUACUUUUUAAUUGACUUUUUUCCGGGUAAAAAACAAGUGAUGGAAAAAAGAAAUUUCUCUUUGUUCCAUUUUAUUGAAACUUUUUUCCGGCCAUGUAUGCUUCAGAAGAAGAUGGAAAUGAAAAGGGCAAGAUUUUCUACUAUGUUCAGGUUCUUAUUAGUAUUAAUUUCUCUGUUCCAAAUUGUGUGGUGAAAUGGAUAGAUGAUGCUCAAUUGCAUUGCUGUUUAUCAAAACUUUGGAUUGAAUUGAGCUUUUUAAAUUUAAACAUCAUAGAAUGGUCGCACACAGGUAUUGGAUUAAGUCUAGAGUAAAUGACUCAUUAGAUAGUGCUACUUUUGUCAUAUUUGAAAACCUUGGAAUGUUUAUUAUUGCACAAAUCAUGUUAUGAGAUGCUAAAAUUUUAUGGUACAUGUAAAUGAUGCUCAUGAGUGUAUUUCUUUGUAAUAUUUUUUUGUUUCAACCAUGAUGUUAUUGUCUCUAUACUAUUUUGAUCCUCUUUUUCAACUUAAUUUCGUAUUCAUUGAUUUUUUAAUUAAAAUCAAUGUGGUUCAUUUUCUACUGCCAACAUAAAUUUUGACACAAUAUGUAGAACAUAUCUCGGCUUUUUAUCAUGUUUUGGGCCCAAUAAUGUGAAUACCAUCAAGGAUUAAUCCAUAAUCACUAACUAUGGUUUGUAUUGCCAUGAAAAGCAUGUCCUAGGAGGAUAUACACAACUAGAAGCAGUUAAGCAGAUGUUGAUCGACAACUCAUGUAUUUUCAAAGUUGAGGUCACGAAUGCUUGCUUAAAUGAAUUUGAGUCGUCUCUUGAUGUGAUCAACAUGUGUUUUAAUGACCGGACCUUUACAAAUUUCAUGAAUUUAAACAAUACCUUUUCCUUAGCUCAGAAUGAUGUCAUUUUUAUUUCCUCAGCAAGUGAAAAGUCUUUAAGGCAUGAGUUUUCAGCUAACAAAGCAUCCUCAGAACCCGAAGCAGAAUAAAAGUUUAAGGAAAUCAGCAAUGCUUAUGAGUAAGCUUUAUAUUUCGUAAAUCUUGAACAAUCGGGGACUCGAUUUGCCAAAGCUGGAGAAGAUUCAUUUGAAAUGGAAAGAUAGGAAAAGGUGGCGAGGUUGGAGUCGAAAUUGCUUGAAAUUUCCACAACUAUAUAUAUAAACCGAAGCGGCGGAAGAGAAAGACCACAUAUUGAAAGCUACGAAGUAGCCGAAUUUGCAAAUUGUCAACGAGUAUUAAUUUGAAACUUUUUUUUGAUUCAUUUCGCAGAUCUUUACAUACCCCCUUGCUAUUAACUAAUUAAAGACAAUCUUGAAAU